AUGCAACAAAUCCUUUCAGUUACUACUAUUAGUAUUCUUAUUUUAUUUAAUUUUCAACUCAUCUAUUCACAGUUUACUCCUUUUCGAUUUCGUAUUAUUACUUGGAAUGUUGGAAAUAGUGAACCUGACUGUAAUAUAUUUGAACAUCUUGCAUUUUCAUCAGCAUCUAGUAGUACCAACGCUGAUCUUAUCGUAUUUGGUUUUCAAGAAGCAAGUAAAAAAUUGAUUGGAUCGAAUUCAUUUCGUAAAACCUUAACAAAAUGUCUUAAAAAUAAAAAUUAUAUAGAACUUCUUUCUGAUUAUGUUGGAUCGAAUAUAAACAGACCAAUAUGGCUUUAUAUAUAUAUUCUAAAUAAAACAAUGCAAUCUCAACGUGUUAAUAUUUUAACAUUGAAUACUGAACGAACAUUGAAAAUAUAUCAGGAUAAAAUUUUAGAAAAAUAUAUAGGCUAUAAAGGUAUAAUAGCUAGUCGUAUUCAAAUAGAUAAAUUAACAAAUAUAAUUUUUGCUAAUAUGCAUUUACCUGCUGGAGAAGGAAAAAUAGAAGAACGGUGUAAAUUAUUAUCAAAAUUUCUUCGUACCUAUCAUCAAAUAGAUGGUAUUAAAGAUGAUUAUAUGUUUAUAUUUGGUGAUCAAAAUUGGCGCACAUUAAAGAAUUUAAGUAUUAAUAAUAUUCUCGAAGCAAUCAAAAAACACGAAUAUAAAAUUAUACUUGAUAAUGAUGAAUUAACUCAAAUGCGUAAAAAUAAAACUACACAAUGUUUAGAAGAUUUUUUUGAAGCUUCUAUUAAAUUUCCACCUACAUAUAAAUAUGAAGUGAAUAGUGAUGAGUAUCAAACAGAAAAAAAUCAUGAAGAUCGUCGUCCGAGUUAUACAGAUCGUAUUCUUAUUUCUGAUCGUUCAAAAGACCUUAAAAUUAUUCAAUAUGCAGCAUUAAAUGAUAUAAAACUUAGUGAUCAUCGACCAGUAUUUGCAGAUUUUAUGCUCUAUCCUAAAACUAAACACGAAUAA